AUGAUGGAUAACCAGUAUCCACAGUCAGAUUUCCUGCUGGUUCCUAUUAAGGUUUUCCACACCAUGAUGUUAAUCAACUUGAUCAACCUCUCCACCUUCAUCCUGCUGGGCAGUCCUGGCCUGGAGGUGGCCCAUAUAUGGAUCUCCAUCCUCUUCUCUGCCAUGUAUGCAGUAGCUGUCUUGGGGAACUUCAGCAUCCUGUUCAUCGUGAAUAUGGAGCUGAGCCUCCAUGUCCCCAUGUACUAUUUCCUCUGCAUGCUGGCCGUCACUGACCUGAUCCUGUCUACGUCCAUCCUGCCCAAAAUGCUGAGCAUCUUCUGGUUCAAUUCCAAGGAGAUCGAUUUUAGUGCCUGCCUCACCCAGAUGUUCUUCAUUCACUGUGCCGCAGUGACAGAGUCUGGGAUCUUCGUGGCCAUGGCUUUCGAUCGCUACGUGGCCAUCUGCGAUCCCCUGAGACAUUCCACCAUCCUGACAAACCCCGUGGUGGCCAAGAUCAGCCUGGCAGUGGUGCUGCGCGGCGGCAUGCUCAUACUGCCCUAUCUCUUCCUGGCCAGGCGGUGGCCAUAUUGUGGAACCAACAUCAUCCCCCACUCGUACUGUGAGCACAUGGCUGUGGUGAAGCUGGCCUGCGCCGACAUCAGCAUCAGUAGUUACUACAGCCUCUCUGUGACUUUCUUGGUGAUUGCUCUGGAUGUGUUUUGUAUCGCCGUGUCCUAUACCCAGAUCCUCAGGGCCAUCUUCAGCCUGCCCACAAAGGAUGCCCAGCUCAAGACUUUUGGUACCCGCGGCUCCCACCUCAUUGUCAUUUUAGCCUCUUACAUCCCAGUUCUCUUCUCCGCCCUCGUGCACCGGUUUGGACAUAAUGUGGCCCUACAUUUCCACAUUCUCAUGGCCAACUCAUACCUGAUUGUGCCCCCCACGCUACACCCCAUUAUCUAUGGGGUGAGGACCAAACAGAUCCGGAACAGGCUGCUCCAGCUACUUACUCAUAAAGGGAUGUAA